UAGGGCAUCGCAAGGAGGAUGCCUGAGAGUGGAGAGAGCAAAACCUGGUUUCUCCUGAGUGGCUGGGCAUACUCCAUGGGAUGGUCCAGGCACCUCUGCUGUGCCCAGUGCUCCUGGUGACACUGGAAUCCUGCCUGAGGUUGGGGGGGCAGCUGAGCCCAGUGGAUGCCUUUGAAGGGCCCCAGUCACGAGCUCAGCUAUCUUUAGCCCAAGGUAUUUAUGUUACAAGGCCGCUGGGCAGUGCAGCAAAGGCAUCAAAGGGUGGAGAAGGCCGGAGGGGGCUGUGCAGGGGCAGGGCACAGAGGGGCACCGAGUGCUCCCCCACCCCUGGGAGCUGCUGAGGAUGAGCCCAGAGGAGGAAGGCUCCCCGGCAGGGCCCCCGGAGCGGGUGCGUAUCCGGGUGGAGGAGCAGUCAUUCUCGGUGGAGAAGGCCUUGCUGGUGGAGAGCAGUGAGUACUUCCGUGCCCUCUUCCGCUCGGGCAUGAGGGAGAGCACGCAGGAGGAGAUCGGGCUGGGGGAGCUGAGCGCAGCCGGGUUCCUCGCCAUGCUGCGGGUGCUGGCGGGCGAGAGGCCCAUCCUUGGCAGCGAGGAGACCUUCCAGGCUGUGCAAUGUGCUGCCUUCCUGCAGGUGAAGCCCUUGGCCAAGUACUUGAUCCACUCCAUCAACUCUGACAACUGCAUCCUGCUGUACCAAGCCGCUGCCAUAUUCGGCCUCCUGGAUCUCUUCCACUGUGCCGCACUCUUCAUCAGGGACAGCUACGCUGAGCUGGAGGAGUACCUGGACUGCCUCUCCGAUGACCUGCUGGCAUAUGUGGAAGCCCUCCUACCCAGCACCUUUGUGGCAGUGGGAGCUCACACACCCACCUUUGAGUUCUUGGAGGACCUCUCCAGGACCAUCUGCUACCUGGACGAGGAGACCAACACGUGGAGGACCCUCUCCUGCCUUCCGCUGAGUGCCAGCACAUUCCUAGCCGGCAUGGCAACCAUGGAUAAUAAAAUCUACAUCGUGGGCGGCGUCUACGGGGCCAACAAGCAGGUGGUGGAGAGCAGCUUCUGCUACGAUGCUGAUGACAACACGUGGAGCGAGUUCCCCAGCCCUCACCAGCUGCGCUACGAUGUCAGGCUGGUGGGCCACGAGGGCUACCUCUACGCCAUCGGCGGCGAGUACGAGAAGAUCUCGCUCAAGUCCGUGGAGAGGUACGACCUGGCCUCCAGCAGCUGGACGUUUGUCUCUGACCUGCCGCAACCCAGCACGGCAGCGCCCUGUGCCCAAGCCUUGGGGCAGAUCUUCGUUUGCUUGUGGCAGCCGCUGGACACCACUGUCAUCUACGAGUACGAGACCCAGCAGGACGCGUGGCUUCCCGUCACCGAGCUCAAGAGGCACCAGAGCUACGGGCACUGCAUGGUGGCCCAUCGUGACAACCUCUACGUCAUGCGCAACGGCCCCUACGACGACUUCCUGCGUUGUGUCAUCGACUGCUUCAACCUGACAUCCCGGCAGUGGAGCGCCCUGCCCGGGCAGUUCAUGAACAGCAAAGGAGCUCUCUUCACUGCUGUGGUCAGGGGUGACACCAUCUACACUGUCAACAAGAUGCUGACACUGCUCUACUCCGUGGAAGAGGAGACCUGGAAGCAGAAGAAGGAGCGGGCAGGUUUCCCCCGCAGUGGCUCCCUGCAGACCUUCCUCCUGCGGCUGCCAAGACGUGACCAUGACAUCGCGACGUAGCUGGUCCCCCGUCCCAUGUCAGGAUGCUCUCCUUGCACAUGGCCUCAGCUCUGCACUCACUGCUCCCCUGGGCUCCUCUCCUCCUCUAUGGAGCUGUGCUCAGGUCCAGGGAUGCAUCAUGUUGGACCUUGGAGGUGACAUUAGACCCUGCCAGAGGGAAAGGGCAGCUGCUGUCUGCCUCUUCCUGCCCUGCACAGGCACGAAGUCCUGUCAGUCAUGAGCUCACAAGCCAGCUGUGUGCAGGACAUUGUGGCUUCUGCAGAGAACAGAUACCACAGAGAUGCAAACAUGGCAUUUAUUUAUUCUGAUUGCACUCUGAGGGUGUGCAGCAUUCCACCUCCUCUCUGCCUUGAUGGGAAAUAAUUCAUUACAUGCCGGAAUUAAAAGGAAAGAGAUAGAAAAGCUUCUCAUUACCGUGUUUUUAAUUACUCUUGGGUUUGGGGUUUUUUUCUCCCGUGCUUCUGAAGGAAAAUACCUCCUAACGGGGAUCUGUGUCAAGACUUGCUUCUGCCCCUUAAUGCUUUUUCAGCUGCAGCUCAGUUUCAGAGCCUUAACGUGGGAGUGCGGUUCCCACACAGCCUCACACUCCCCUGGGGAUUCUCUGUGGCUGCAGCAGGGUCCUGGGAGGAGGAGGGGAGAUGGGGACUGAAGAAAAGCAGCUCCUGGGCAUCAGGUGCUUAAUGUGCCAAGGGUUUUCUGGGACCUGGGAACCAUCAACCAACCCCCUCAGGCCCCAGCACAGACCCAACGGGGUGGCAAGUGCUGGCUCUCACCAGAG